GAAAAUAUGGAUCUACCAGAAGAGAGUUUCGUGGGGCAGGACAUGGGUGAACUGCCUCCAAAUCUCUACGACGAAGAACAGCUCAACCCUUACGACGUGGCGGCGCAGUAUAACGAAGAGCCUGGUAACUCGUACAACGAAGAGCCUGGAAACCAAUAUGAUGAAGGACCUGGCAAUACAUACAUUGAGGCGCAAGCAGAUUUGCUCAGUGCAGAGCAAGAGAAUCAGUACAACGAUGAACCAGCGAUCCCUUACCAGGAAGAGAAUGCAUACAAUGGGGAAGUGAAGGAACAGGACAACUUGCAGGUGGAGGCUAAUGAUAAGAGAUGGCCAGGUUGGCCAGGAGAUAGUGUUUUCCGUAUACUGGUCCCUGCCCACAAGGUAGGUGCCAUCAUUGGCCGCAAAGGGGAGUUUAUCAAAAGGAUGUGCGAGGAGUCUAAAGCUCGCAUAAAAAUACUUGAUGGCCCACCUGGUGUACCAGAAAGAGCAGUAAUGAUUUCAGCAAAGGAUGAGCCAGAUGAACUGAUAUCUCCAGCAAUGGAUGGCUUACUUAGAAUUCAUAAGCGGUUAACUGAUGGUUCAGAUGGUGAAUCUGGUCAACCUCAACGGAGUGCUAGUAAUAUAGGACCAACACGAUUGCUAGUGCCAGCUUCCCAAGCUGGCAGCCUUAUUGGGAAGCAAGGAGCAACCAUUAAAUCUAUACAAGAUUCUUCAAAGUCUGUUGUCCGUAUUGUUGAAAAUGUGCCCCCUGUUGCAUUAAAUGAUGAUAGAGUUGUGGAGAUACAAGGUGAGCCUCUUGGUGUUCACAAAGCAGUGGAACUGAUAGCAAGUCACUUGAGAAAAUUUCUUGUUGACCACAGUGUUCUCCCACUAUUUGAACAGCAAAUGAAAAUGCAUAGUGUGCAGAGAGAGCAGCCAAUGCCUGCCCCGCAGCAUUGGGCCCCUCCUCAACCCUGGGCCCCUCCUCCAAACCUUCCUUCUGGUGGUCCAGGUUAUGGUGGAAAUCCACAGUUCAUGCCUCCAAGGCAGCAAGACAAUUUUUACCUGCCUCCAGCUAUGCCGCCUAUGGAAAAGCAACCGCACUUUGGCAUUUCUGCAUAUGGACGCGAGCCAGCACCAAGUGGCGCUUCAGGCAAUCAACCGCCACCGCAUGUGGCUUCUCAGGCACAUCACAUGCAAAUUCCUCUCUCAUAUGCUGAUGCUGUGAUUGGGGCUGCUGGUGCUAGUAUAAGCUAUAUCCGUAGGCACAGUGGUGCAGCAGUAACUAUUCAAGAGAGCAGAGGUGCACCAGGAGAGAUGACUGUGGAGAUAAUCGGGAGUGCAUCCCAAGUUCAAACUGCCCAGCAACUGAUCCAGAAUUUCAUGGCGGAAGCUGCUCCACAAAGCCGGCCGCCGGCUUCUAACCCUCCUGCUCCGCCAGUUGAUCCGAGUUACACCUCUUACCUGCCACCAUAUGGGGCAACCUAUGGAUCAACUCCCACAGGUGCAGGGCCUGCUCCUCACAAUGGCGGGAGCUACGGGGGCGGCUCCUACCAUCCCAACUAUGGAUACUAGUAGCAGCAAAUGAAGUGAAGGAUUUGUUGUCUCUAUUGUGAUUGUUAAGAAUUUUAUUGCCCAAUAAGUACAUUCAUGGAUUCCUGCCAGUGUCUGAACUGUACAAAAUUAGUCGUGUGUGGUGUGUGGUCAGUCAUUGACUUUGGUAGUUUAUUUACCACCGUGAAACAUGUGGUCUAGCUGAGCUUAAUCAUUGCAUACUCU